ACUGGUUCAGCUGACGCUUGUCGCACAACUCAUUUUGGCAUUUAAAAAAUCGAACGGUUUCGGCGCGUUCUCCGCUUUGUGCUUGAUUUUCGUGCACUCGAUGGGCAAAACCGAGAAUUGAACGCCGUUUCUCUUGCAAAUUGUGUGCAUCUCCGUUUAAGUGGCCGUUUUUAGCCUAUUGUUCGUGUCAAAUUAAGGCAAGGCAGAGGAAACAAGGAAUUUUCGCAACUCCAGGCGAACGUGCAGUGCAAACGGGAGUCCAAAAAAGGAGAGCAAGAUGGCCGCAAAGCCCGAGGAUAAGAGCACGGAUAUUCCGGAUCGCCUUUACGAUGCCAACCAGCGAAAAACCUACAAGCGCAUGCGUUUCUUUGGCAAGGGCGGCUUUGCAAAAUGCUACGAGAUCAUCGAUGUGGAGUCCGACGACGUCUUCGCCGGCAAGAUCGUGUCCAAGAAGCUGAUGAUCAAGCACAACCAGAAGGAGAAGACCGCCCAGGAGAUAACCAUCCACCGCAGCCUGAGUCAUCCGAACAUUGUCAAGUUCCACAGCUACUUUGAGGAUGUGCAGAACAUCUACAUUGUGCUGGAGCUGUGCAAGAAAAGAUCCAUGAUGGAGCUGCACAAGCGCAGGAAAAGCAUCACGGAGUUCGAGUGUCGAUACUACAUUUACCAGAUCAUCCAGGGCGUAAAGUACCUGCACGAUAGCCGCAUCAUCCAUCGUGAUCUGAAGCUGGGAAAUCUCUUUCUCAACGAUCUGUUGCACGUGAAGAUCGGUGACUUCGGUCUGGCCACGCGCAUUGAAUACGAGGGCGAACGGAAAAAGACUUUGUGCGGCACGCCCAACUAUAUUGCCCCGGAGAUCCUCACCAAGAAGGGGCACUCGUUUGAGGUGGACAUCUGGUCGAUUGGCUGCGUAAUGUACACUCUGCUGGUGGGCCAACCGCCGUUUGAGACCAAGACGCUGAAGGACACUUACUCGAAGAUCAAGAAGUGCGAGUACCGCGUCCCCAGCUACCUGAGGAAGCCGGCGGCGGACAUGGUCAUUGCCAUGCUGCAGCCCAAUCCGGAGAGCCGUCCUGCGAUUGGGCAGCUUUUGAACUUCGAGUUCCUCAAGGGCUCCAAGGUGCCCAUGUUCUUGCCCAGCUCUUGUCUGACGAUGGCGCCGCGUAUCGGCAGCAACGACACCAUCGAGGACUCUGUGCACCGCAAGCCGUUGAGUGAGAUGAAUGGCAUCAGGCCCGACGACACCCGUCUGGAGUCGACCUUCCUCAAGGCCAAUCUGCACGACGCCAUCACCGCCUCGGCGCAGGUGUGUCGUCACAGCGAGGACUAUCGCAGCGAUAUCGAGAGCCUGCACCAGCAGCUCACCAAUCUUAUCAACGGCAAGCCGCGAAUUUUGCAAGGCAAUUUGGGCGACGAAAACACCGAUCCUGCAGCACAGCCGCUCUUCUGGAUAUCCAAGUGGGUGGACUACAGCGACAAGUACGGCUUUGGUUACCAGUUAUGCGAUGAGGGCAUCGGCGUGAUGUUCAACGACACCACAAAGUUGAUCCUGCUGCCCAAUCAGAUCAACGUGCACUUCAUCGACAAGGACGGCAAGGAGAGUUACAUGACCACCACGGACUACUGCAAGACGCUUGACAAGAAGAUGAAGUUGCUGUCCUACUUCAAGCGCUACAUGAUCGAGCAUUUGGUGAAGGCUGGCGCCAACAAUGUCAACAUCGAGAGCGAUCAGAUCUCGCGUAUGCCGCAUCUGCACUCCUGGUUCCGCACAACAUGUGCCGUGGUUAUGCAUCUAACCAACGGAUCAGUGCAGCUCAACUUUUCGGACCACAUGAAGCUCAUCCUCUGCCCACGCAUGAGUGCCAUCACCUAUAUGGAUCAAGAGAAGAAUUUCCGCACAUACAGAUUUUCGACCAUCGUGGAGAACGGCGUGUCUAAAGACUUGUACCAGAAGAUCCGCUAUGCCCAGGAAAAACUUAGGAAAAUGCUGGAGAAGAUGUUCAUCUAAAUGUAGCCGGCGAACUUUCAUUUUAAGGCCGAAUAUUAGUUUAAGCUAAUCACGAAUGCCCUGGCCAACUUCACAUUUAUCCCAAAACGGAUCCUCACCCAUGCAUUUUAAAAUUGUAGUUUCUGUUCAAAUUGAUAUGAUUGUUCGAUGUUUUAGUUUUUGUUUGUUUUCGCCUUUCAUCGUUCAUUUACUGGUUAAGUUGUAUUCAUCACCCCUUAAAAAUAUAUAUAUAUAUAAGUUAAUCAACGAAUUCCCUGGCCAAAAUUACAUACUGUCCUAAACCAUGCCAUCUUAAGACUAUAGUUUCUGUUCAAAUUGAUGAAAGUUUAAUGUUUAGGGCAGUGUCUGGCUCAAAGGCCAUCCCUUGAAAAUAUAUAAAUACAAUUGUUUAAUGGUUUUCGUACACGAUCACUUAAUAAAAUUAUAAAGUACUAAAA